AUGGCAGCAUCAUCAAGCAAUGAUCGAUUGGAUGAUGCAUAUGAUGAUGCAUUAGAUGAUGCUUUUGAUGAUGCAUUCGAUGAUGCAUUUGAUCGAAAGUUUGAUGCGAAGUUCGAGUCUAUCGUUAAUCAGCUUGCUAGAAAAAAAAAUGAGAGCAUAUAUCGAAAGAUAGCGGGAGCAAGGCCAUCCGUUGACCGCCUCUCCAAUGAAGUUCCGUAUUUCCAGCAAAGAAGAAAUGCCAUCGGAAGAUUAGGUCUAUCUCCUCUCCAAAAAUGUACUGCGGCAAUCCGUAUGAUGGCAUAUGGUACCGCAGCUGAUGCAGUUGACGAGUAUCUCCGGCUCGGUGCUAGUACGGCAUUGUUAUGUUUGGAAAAUUUCACCGAGGGUAUAUCCUUGUUCGGAGAUGAGUAUCUGAGAAGACCCACAUCUGAUGAUCUUCAACGCUUACUGAACAGUGGAGAGGAUCGGGGCUUUCCCGGGAUGAUAGGAAGCAUCGAUUUUUUUGAUGACAUCUUGCAUGGUCGAGCUCCAAAAGUGAGAUAUUGGGUAAACGGUAACGAGUACCGUUUGUCAUAUUAUCUCAUGGACGCGUAUGAAGGUCAAAUUAAGCUAAUACGAGGGCUAGUUAAUGACGAUGAGUCGAUGAUGAUGUUCAGCCAUGAAGAAUGUUUGGAAUCUCAUGAACGCCUCCUGAUACACUCCAGGUCAGUUGCUAUUUUGGUUUCAGAGGAAGUAAAUGGAGUCUUUCUCGCGUUGGAAGGAGAUGGAGAGAUAUGCCACGAGGAUCAUCUCAGUGAUUCUGAAGUUCCUGGUUUGAACAUGUUGUUAAGAUGA